AACAAAAAACUGGUAAAUAGUGGAGAAGAUGGAAGAGCGAAAAUGAUCUUAACUUUUUUAACAUGAGAGCUUUUUAGUCCAGUGCGCCAUCCACAGAAACAUCAAAACAUUCUUGAGUCGAGGUAUUAGUUCUGAAGGGGAAUUACCAGCUAAUUGCCAACCUAGCUCAACACUUAAUGUAACAGCAUAUUGUAAACCAGCAAUCACAAAGUCGACAUAACUUGAGUUUAAGAAACAUGGCUUCUUCAGAAGCAUUACAAGUAGCUAAGCUGUAUCGCCACCUUCUCAAAUCUGUAAAGAAACACAUUGGGACUGAGGAGCACAAAGUUCAUUUCACUGACUUUAUUAAGCAGGAGUUUCAAAAGAGUUGUCAACAGAUUGACCCAUCGUUGAUUCAACACAAAGUGAAGCUUGCUCGUGACUACACCAUACUUCUUAACAGUGUUCACCAUCACAAGGAUUUGCUUUUCUCCUACAAUAUUGCUGUAGAUCGUACAGAUGAAAUGAAGAAAGUGCUUGGGAAAUCUGCAGCAAGUGUGGGUCUACAACUCCCCGAAGUUUACCAACCCUAGAUCAUUUGCAGGUUUAGCUCCUUUGCAGCCAAUAUAUUUGGUGAAAGAUUUAGAAAAAUAAUACAAGACGAUUUUGCAGCUACACUGUUUUUACAGCAGAGAGGUUUUUGCAUGGUUUAGCUUCUAAGCAAGCUUGUUGUAAUCAAAGAUUUGUAAACUAAUUUAGUUUAUAUUUUUGCUUAAUGAGAUAUUUAAUAAUUCGUUUUGUC